CUAUAAAUUAAUUUUUCCUCAACAGCUCAUAGCCUGUUUUAUUUUACAUAAUUUACUAUAUAAUACGUAUAUUUUCUACUCAUAUAUCCUCAUUAACUAUACCUACAGUUGUUUUAUGUUUUACGUCGGCCAUUCUUAUCAGUGCUUAUUUCCGAGUUAUUUUUUAUCAAUUCAUUUAUAAUAAACAUGGAAGUGAAUAAUUAUUGUAUACUGUUUAUGCCAUAACCUAUUGAAAAAUAGUUUAAUAACUAUUUAACAAGUACAAAGUGAUGCUUUAUUAGCACUUUAGUAAUGGCUAGUCGUGUCAUAUAUUUACUACGCCGUAUGAAAUAUGUGGAGAACACUGUAAAUGAGCGCACACAUCUUCUUGAAGUGGCGGAGCAGCAGCAAGAAUCACCGGCGCCGACCACGUCGACGUCCACGCCACCUAGGAAACCUGACGAGCAAAGCGCUCUUAAUAGGAUACUGCAUGAAACUGCCACCAACGUGAUCGACGUGGGCGCGCUGGGCCCGUAUGCGCUGGAGCCGGGCGCGUACAGCGAGCGCGUGCGCGCGUACACGGCGCGCGUGGCCGCCGCGCCGGCCGGAGCCGCGCCCGCCGCCGCCGCCGCCGCCGCCGCCGCCGCCGCCGCCGCCGCUGCCGGCGCCGCGCCGCCCGCGCCGCGCCUGCUCGCCGACCUGCCGCCGCCCGAGCGCGCCGCGCACCUAGCACGCCCGGCCCUGUCGCCGCACGACAAGGAACUUAUAACGAACGCCGUGAAGAAAGCGGCCGCGGCGCUAUCAGAGCUGCGCGUGGAGCACCACGAGGACCUCGUGGUCCCGUUCAGGGUGCCAUAGCAGCGGUCCUCCGCCUCCUACUCCGAGGACGAGCGGGCCGGGUACUGACUGACUGCUAGCUAGGACUCCUUAUUGUAAAUUAAAGUGACAACUGAAGAGGACAAAAGUGUAAAAGUUACUUUAUUGAUGAAAUGAUGAAAAUUACUCUAAAUACUUUUAGCAUUACAAUUUUAUAUUUAGUUUAUUCUUUAACAUAAUAAUUGAUAUCUAUAAUUAUUUUUUUAAUAAUUGGCAAGAAAUAUUCUUAAGUGGCAACCCGUACAGGCAAAUGGAGUACAGGACAAUCCUCCACUAGAUGGAGUGACGACGUCAAAUGCAUUGAAGGGAGUCAGGGGAUGCCAGUAGGUCAAGACAGUUAUGGCAGUCUCCAUACUGUUGAGCCAUAAACGGUUUUCCCCAUGGAAGGCCUAUAUUAAGCAGUGGACAGUUGACAGAUAUGGUGUUUUUAGUUAAUUUUGUUUAUAAAGAUCCAUUGGUCUUUCCAAUUAAAAAUUCGUAAUUGUUAUUUUAAACACUUCAUUAAGCUGAAACUUAGCAAUUUGACCCUAUAUCUUUUAUAAUGAUGUCAUCGAGCUGGUUCUACGAUGAAGCCCGAAGAAGGUCAUAGAAAUUUUGUACCUAAUAAUUUGGCUUUGCCUGUGAAAAUAGUUCAUUUUACUCUUUGUUUGUAUUAAUGAUAGUUGACAAACAAUCGACAAGUUUUUUCCAUUUUUUCACUGUGAUCUUGUCCGGAGAGUAUCGCAUCUUCACAGGCUUUAAAGUUGAAUAUUUACAGUGUAAAUCAAGGUGCGUGACCAUGUUGAAAUUUUGAAUUUUUAGAAUAUAUCGUAAGUACAUUAAACUCUGUAUCUUUUAACACCGGAAGAAAGCGCUCGGAACCAAUUUUUUUUCAAAAUUAUAUAUGUGACUGAUAAUAUUUUAAUUAAUUAUUAAAUUAACACGGAUGACAAAAAAAAUGGCGCAUCGUUUAAUAAAUAAAUGAUAAGAUCAAAUUAAAUUAUAUAUCGAACUAUUGUCUAGUGAAGGCAGGCCCUAGACAAGGUACAAACGAAUCUUUCACACGAAACAAGACAGCACAUAUCGCCAUCUCAUUCUGUCUCAUGAGCUCGCUAGCGAUAACGAUUCUAUCAAUAGAUUCGUUUGUACUUUACAUAAGGAGACAGUUUUUCUAGAAGAAUUAAUUAUAACUCAAAAUAUUGCCUUAUUUAUUUGAUAAUUGCAUUGCCUUCUUCAAAAAUUGGUUACCAAAAACGUUGCCAGUAUCCAAGAUUUUAGAUUACUACCGUGAACUGAUGAGCUAAUCACUGAUAUACUCAUUUGUAUAUGGAUACAUCGUCAUUGGCCAGGCCACGCUAGACAUGAUGCUAGACUUUAUUAGACCUUAUGCCUUACUAUGUGUAUCAUGCCUUACAAAAAGUAUUGGUGUAAUAUCUAUGAUGUCGUACGAGAUCUGAAUAAUUUAAUUAAUAGUGACUUGAUAUUAAUUCUUUAUACUAUCCGAUUAUAAACUCUACAAUUUUGCUGUUAAAAAUUUAUCAGGCGCUUGCAAACAAUAUAUUUUUUUACCUAUUACAAAAAGAGUAAUCGAUUUAGUAUUCAUAUUACAGAUUUAGUGUUACAUUACUCACGCUAGAUUUUUUUUUAAUUCAAUUUUUUUAGUCCUUAUAAGCUUUGGUCUGAUCGGACCCAGACAGCGGUGUACAGAAAUUAUGUAUGAAAGUAAUAAUUAAUCCAUAAUUAGAAAUACAUAAAUAAAGCAUAUUAAUUGGAAACUAAUUAACUCAAUAUCAGUAAUAUAAGAAAUGAGAUGUGGCUAUUUUUUUUUAUUUUUUCAUUAAAAAAAGGUAGUCACAUCUCAAAGGUGUGUUUCUAUUUUCGAAUGGAAUUCAUUAAAUUGACUGAAUCGGCUUUGGACCAAAAAUAAUUCUCAUUUAAUAAGUUUGUUCAUAUUGUGUAUAGUUUUAAGUCCAUAGUAGUAAUGAAUAACCAGUAUUUUAUUUUAUAUAAUCCUAUUAACUAUUUUCUUUAACUGCUUGUAUGUCUAUUAACUGUUUUGUUUAAUCUAACUGCUUGGAUACCAUGAAAUGUAAUUCUGAGGUUUCGGUACCUAAAUUUUUUUUUAUAUAAAUAAUUAAAUAUAGACAUGAGCAGUACCAUGGACAUUACAGAGUAUACCGUUUCGCCCAUGAUACCAUGCGUUGCCAUUCCUGAGGACUCAGGUGUUAUUCCUCUGUACCCAGUAAAUUCACGCCAUAUCCCACCCUUUGAAGCAGUUAUUUGCAUGGCUGUGUUUCGGUUUGAAGGGUAGGAUAUGGCAGUGAAUUUACGGGGUACAGAACAAUAACACCUGAGUCUUCAGGAAUGGCAACGCAUAGGGUAUGGUAUCAUGGGCGAAACAGUUUACUCUGUUAUGUUCAUGGUACUGCUCAUGUCUAUAGGCGACGGUUACUACUUUUCAUCAGGUGGGCCGUCAGCUUGUUUGCCAUUCUAAAUAUUUUCAUUGUAGACUAGCAGUGUUGUUUAUAACCUAUAUUUUUAACUCUGAUUACAGUAGUGUUUAAUUCAUUUUAAUUAUAUACAGAGCAUUUAGUGAUCUAAUAUAUUAACGCUAAUUAUUAUUUAUAUUACGGUCCAUAGCACAACCAUAGACACAAAUAUUAAAAGAAAAAAAAUCAUAACUUACAAGAUGAAUUUUUUUCUACAUUUUUGAGGUUACCAUAAAGGAAGGAAAUAAAGAUAAGAAGCAUUUGGAACUGAUACUAGUAAUAGUGGUGGUGGCCAAUCUUCGAGUGUUUGCAGUCACACACAUACUAAUGGUAGCGGAAUUAAACAAGAUAAUUCCAAACAAAUAACUAGAGACUUUGUACAAAAGUCGUUAGCUUGGGUACCUCUGUUCUGAGGGUCUAUCAUGAAAUGUUUGCCGAAAUUUCGGAUCCGAACGAAAUAGAAAUUUGAUGUUAAAAUUACAUAAUACAUGUCGUUUAAAAUUAUUAAAAAUGUUAAAAUAUCGUUCCACAGCACUAUUAGGAUAGGAUUUAUGAUAAACAAAUGGUUAAGCUCUAUUUGCUGGGUCGAUAUCGGUACGAACAAAAACACGAAAUUGAGCCCGAAAAUUCGGAAUUUCAUUUCAUUGUAGACCACCUGUUCGUGUUUCAAUCGUGAAACAGUUGUCCAUGGCUGUGUUUCGGUUUGAAGGGUGGUGUAGGGCAAUGAAUUUACAGGGUACAGAGGAAUAACACCCGAGUCCUCAGGAAUGGCAACGCAUGGGGUGUAUCAUGGGUGUAUACUCUAUUAUGCCCAUGGUAUUUUUCAUCAGGUGAGCCGUCAGCUUGUUUGCCAUUCUAAGUUACAUAACAAAAAAAUAACCAAAAUUUAAAUAGACUACAGACAACAAAUUUCUAAAUCUGUCACUAGUUGCAAAUGCUAUAUUUUUUUUAUGAACUUCUGAUAAAACUAUUUUUUUUUUCUAAAAACUUAUGAAAAAUUUUCUUUUACCAUUUAUACGUGAAGUUAACAUUAACUUUAUGGUAAAAUAAACUUUCUGUUUUGACUGUCACGUAUAAUUGUAGUCUAUAUUAUAAAUAUUAAGUCGAUUGAUUUUAACAAUUAAAAUUAUUAUAGCGACUGAAUACAGCAACCGAUUCUCUCGUUGUGGACAAAUGGCAGAAGUUUCCGUUGCUAAAAGUCUUACCGGUUCAGCCUUACCGGAGCUAUGGCAUAUUUGAGGAAUUAAAAUACCAGAUAAGAAAAUUAGAGUUUCGGUAAAGAAAUGACAAUGUUUUAAUAUGAGAAGGGUACUAAUUAGAUAAAAAAAAAAAAAAACACUUUCUAUUUGCGUUUGUAUUAUUAAUAUAUAUUAAACAUAACAGUCCAACCAGGAGGCUUAUCAUGAAUGCUUAAAACGUGACAAAUUUGUACUGUCAUAAAGGCAUAAACAAAAUAGUUAGUUUGACAGAUCUAGAGCACGUGAUUACAAUCACGUGAUCUAGAUCUGUCAAGUUUUUAAACAUUUGUAAUAAGUUCUCGCAAGUUUUCAUCGACGAAAAAAUUGAUUUUUUUUCCUUAGAUCCAUUAUCCAUUUAUCAAUUUCUCUAAGGAGUAAUGUUUGACUUGAAUUCACUUUUCGGCCAAAGCCCAAAUCGAUUGUUCGCUUUUUAUUGUAAAUAUCGUCCAAAGUCGAAUAUUUAAAAACGAUCGGACAGUUUUACACGAAUGUAACCUCUGUCUAUUUUUAUUUUCUUAAUAAUCAGCAGCAUGUUUUUAUAAAAGAGCUUACUAUGUUAUCUAAUUUAAUGUGAUGCCAUUUUUAACAUUAUUAAGUAAAGAGCGACCAGAUAAACUUUGUCAAGAAUUUAACAAUCGUGACAAUUUAUCUUUGACGUAAGGCUGCUAUAUUAGUUUUUAAUGAAGAAAUAUUUAACCAAAUAGAGUUUUAACAAAGAAUUUAUGACAAGAAGGUCUUGAAAAACAUCGCUUUUUUCUAUCUAACCCCUUGAGAGUAAGAGAGAAUGAAAACAGUGAACUGUUGAAUGGAAACUCUUUCUCUAUUCUUCUGGGAGUGUAAUAUAGUUAAAAGACAUGCAAAAGGUUACACAAUUUCAAAUUUAUCAAGUUUGUGUUCACUCUGAAAACUCUAUUUGGUUGGUCUUUGGUCUUGUUUUAUUUUCACCUAUGUGCGUUCCGUUCCCGUUAAAAUCCGUCAAACAAUUUUUAGAUUUUAUGCAAAUCUUGUUAUAUCUACUAGUUGAAUGUUGAUAAGAGUCUGAUGAGAACUGAACGUCCAUAGAUGGUCCAUCGAAAGAAUGUACUGUAUAAAUACAUUUUUUCAAAAUGAAAUGUAUAGUUCUGUAUAAAUAUUUGUGUAUUUAGAUUAGAUAGGUAACAAAUGUAGAGAUUUAUUUAAUUGAUUUCGUUAUCUGUUUUUAACGGCUGUGUGGCGUUUUUCAAAUUGUAAGUGUUCCUUAUUGAGACAUUCGCAUAUUUUGAGACUAUUUUGUAUAUAUAGGCAAGUUUAUAUAUAAAAUUGUAUGAUAUUGUGACGUUUUCCUGAUAUAAUGAUUAAUUUUAUGUAAUUUUUCUUCUAAAUAAUAUGGCUGUAUUGUAAAUUAACAAUUUAUCUUCACGUCUGCUCUCUUACGGGGCAAACAGGGUCAACUGAGUGCCAAACACAAUCAACAUAUGUCUUGCUUUAUGAGUAUCUACUUCAUAAAUAUAUUGAAAACGUAACUAGGCAUUUAUAGUAUAGCUCAGUUCAUAAAUAUUAGAAACAAUUAUGUAACUUUGUUAGUUUCAGUACGUUAAAAUCGAAUUUACACGAAGUAACGAAACUUAAUAUGUUUAUUUCAUAUCAAUCGCAUAUGUAAAUACGUAAUUCUAAAGAAUAGUUGUCAAAUAGACUUUAUAAUAAACGUAGGGGACAAACGAGCGUCCGACUAACCUGAUAAUGUAGCCCAUAAGUACCCGCAACAUCGGAGAAGCUGCAGGUGUGAAAGAAAUAUCUCUUGUCGUAAUGUUACUUUAUAUUUGACGUCGAUUCGAUAUUAUUUCAACUUCAUCCUGAUUCGAUUGUUUUGAAAGUCAACUAUCUUAUUUUUAUUCAUAUUGUAAUUAUAUUCGUCCUUAAAUAUAAACAUUGACUCGUAGAUACGUGUAGAUUUUUAAUUUGAUUACAUUGUUUUAGUACCAUAGUGCCUGAUGUUAGGACCUUGCAGACAAGGGACUUUUUAUGUGUAGAGGACAAAAAAAUACUUUGUCACACUGAAAGAACAAAAUAUAGAACAAGAAUCUAAGAUACAAAAAUCUAACCUACAAAAUUUUGAUUAUUAAAAAAAGAUUCCGUUUGUUUUAAAUUUUACUAAAAAUUCGGUGGAGUGUGGGAGGAAGGAGUUGGUUCUGUAAAAGUUCACAUUUAUGUAGUCUAUUUUGACAGGUUUUUUUUUUAUUGGAUGAAAAUGGAAUGGUAACCCUGCCCGCGCUAACGGGAUACGCUGACGGGGCACCAGUGAAGGGUGAUCGAUGAGGAUGAAAACAGGCCAGUUAGCCCAUCAUGAUGAAUUCAUCAGGAAUUAAUCAUGAUAGUUUCCAGGGGGAACCGCGAGGAGGUCGACCUGGUUGGGUAUAUUGCUUAGCAAUGGGAUUCUCAGUCUCUAUUACUAACAAUCCCUUUCCCCCUAUUUUGACAGGUUAAAAGUACCCUGACAAUUGUCGCUAGUCUGCUCAGGCCCUUUUUAAUAUUUGCUAUUGAAGCAUAUCGUGUGUUUAGCAAAUAAAUGUCAGAUGUCUCAAUAUCGAACGCCACAGUCCGUAUUGUGUAUCUUAUUAGUUCUACUACUGAAUAAAUGUGUUAUUUUGUUAUAUAUUAUUAUUAUAAUGCGUAUAAUUAUUGUAACGAUUGAAUAAAAAUGAUAUUUCUAU